AUGGAUAAACUUCUCAUAUUUCUUUGCUUCUUGGUCACAGUUUCUGCUAUUUUCCUGCCAAAAGAGGAGCCAUGCGAUGAAGAUGAGCAGCCCUCUAACUGUCCAAAAGUGCCCAAUGGAAACUGUGAAGAAGGAUGGAAGAACUUCACUCGACCAUCUGGAGAAUGGUGUAUGAAGGUCUUCUUUGAAAAAUUCAUCAACCAAACUUUCGCGGAGAAGAAAUGUCAAGCAGUUGGAGCAACACUUUCAAGUAUUCAAGAUCAAUACGAGAACUUUUAUAUUGUUUACACUUUCCUGGACAAAAUUUAUCCUGAAACUGGGACUAUUUUGAUCGGAGCGAAACGUACUGCGGCUUGUAUCAACGGUGGAAUAAGCGCAACGUGUAAUGGGGCAACCUCAUUUGAGUGGACAGAUAAAUCUGCGAAUGGGACUGAAGGAUUCUCAUGGGCUUCUAAACAACCGGAUAAUUCACGUCGUAUAACUCCUGGUGGACAAGCCUGUGCACUGAUCUAUGCUUCAGCGACACUUUAUCUAGGACCAAUGCGGUCUGGAACACUAGAUGAUGUCGCAUGCGACUAUGACUCUUUCAAGGAGGGAGACAUUUACAAUACUCCGAAGGCUUACGUGUGCGGAAAGAAGCCAAAAGUGUAA